GGUGCUAACUUCAUUUUUGACUUUGACAGGUAUUUGUUGUUAUUUUUGUUAACGCAAAUAAAGUCGUUUAAAUCCGACUUUUUUAUUAGUUAAUUUAUGAAUUAAUCUAAUUUUGACAUGGUGUAACUCAUUAUUUUAAGCAUGAUAUCGUUUUAAGCGAAAAUAAUAAUAUUUGAAGCAAGAAAUGGAUGAGAAUCAAUUAAAGGAUGUUUUAAAAAGUCGUUUCAAUUUCAACACCUUCAAAUCGAACCUCCAAAGAGAUGCAAUCAUUAAAAUCGUUCAAGAAAAAGCGGACGUUUUGGUUUCGAUGCCUACGGGCUCGGGAAAAUCGCUUUGUUACCAACUCCCCGCCGUGUUAAAAGAGAGGCAAACAACGUUGGUGUUUUCGCCGCUUUUAGCGUUAAUAAAAGACCAAAUCGAUCAUUUAAAAGCGAUUAAAAUCCGAGCGGCGUCUUUAAACUCAAAAACUUUAAAAGGAGAGCGCGAAACGAUUUUAACUGAUCUAAAAAGUGUCUCACCUAACAUUAAGUUAUUGUAUAUAACCCCUGAGCAGGCUUCAACUCAAACUUUUAAGGAGUUAUUUCAAAAUUUGGUUAAAUUCGAUAAAAUUGCAUAUAUUGUAGUUGAUGAAGCGCAUUGUGUGAGCGAAUGGGGGCACGAUUUUCGGCCGGAUUACCUCAAAUUAGGCGAAUUAAGGAAGGGGAAUGAGAUCCCUUUUGUUGCUUUAACCGCGACGGCCGGGGCGGAAGUCACAAAAGACAUUAUUUAUAACCUAAAGUUAUCAAAGAAUUUAAAAAUAUUUAAAUCGUCGUCGUUUCGCGAAAAUUUAUUUUACGACGUCUUUUUUAUCAACAUCCUCGACGAUCCUUACUUGCAUUUAAAACAAUUUAUCGAAAAACAUUUAUAUUUUGAUAAAGAAAUUGACGUGGAGAAUAAAAAAAAAUCUUGCGGGAUCAUUUAUUGCAGAACUCGCGAUCAAACCGAGGUUUUAUCGACGAAAUUAAAUUCUUUAGGGGUGAAAUCGACGGUUUAUCACGCUGGGUUAAACCAUAAGAAUCGAAUUGAGUGCCAAGAAUCGUGGCAAAGCGGUUGCGUUCAAGUUAUUUGCGCCACAAUUAGUUUUGGGAUGGGAGUUGAUAAAGCGUCGGUGCGUUUCGUGGUUCAUUGGGGGGUCCCAAAGGAUCCCGCGUCUUAUUACCAAGAAUCCGGGAGAGCUGGACGCGAUGGAAAAAACUCGUUCUGUCGAUUAUAUUAUAACCGCUCCGAUCGAAAAGCCGUCGAAUUCUUAAUAACCCAAGAACUCGGGAGAUCCAAAGAUAAAAAACAACGCGAGAAUAAAGCCAAAAACGCGAUGAAAUCGUUCGCAAAAAUCGUAGAAUUUUGCGAAUCCCCAAACGAGUGUCGCCAUAAAUUAUUUGCAAAACACUUUGGGGAUGAUUUUAAACGAUGUAAAACUAAAUGCGACAUUUGCGUUGAUCCUAAAAAGGUCGAAAAAAUGGUUGAGUUAUAUCUAACCAAAAGCAUUCAAUUUAAUUCGCUCCCCCAAGACAUUAAUGAUAUGAAUUAUGACGACCUUUAUGAGGGCGGGCGAAAAGCUGCUGAUAAUUACGAUAAUAACGAAAACGAUGAACGUAACAUUUACGAAGAAAAAGCCAAAAAAGAAACUACCGAGCUAAUUAGGAAACAAUUUCAACUAAGGCGGAGUGCCCAAGAAGUAUCAAAAGACACCAUCGAUAAGUUAUUCGCGAAAAAUUCUAAAGUUCAAGCGGCCGGGUCGACGAAAACUAAAGUUAAAGGGCUCACAAUCGCAGCUAGGGAGCAAUACUUUUCGAAAAUCACCGAGGUUUUGAUCGAAAAUUAUAAUCAAUGCGUUGAGGAGAAAGUUCUUGAUGCAAUCGAUAUUGAGGAAUGUACCAAGGAAUUAGAAUACUCUACUUUUACCUCGGUUACGACGCUAAUGAUGUAUCGAAACGCUUCAGCUAAAUUGAUUUCAAACAUAAAAUGUUGUACUCAAGAAAAUCUUCUUUACGAUAUCUUUGAAAAUUUCCAACCGCAACCAAAAAAACUUGAAACUUUAUCUGAUUUUUUUCGAAAUAGUUCCAAAAUGAAUUUAUUAAAACUAAAUGAGCUAGAUUUAAAUAAAACUAAAAAUAUAAAGGAAAUAAAAAAUGAUUUAAAAUGCGAAAAUAGAAACGUCAAUAAUGAAGUUGGCGUUAUUAAAGAUGUCGAUAAAACAGAUUUGGUUAGGGUUGAUAAAAUUGAGGUUAAGUCAACUUUCGAUGGAUUUAAACGAGCUAGUGAACUAUUUAAAGUAAAAUCGAAUGAAAACGUGUUAAAUUCAUCGAUAAAAGUCGACGAUGAAACGGAACGUGUGAAAGAAAAUCAAGAAAUGGAUAAAAAUAAAAUUAAAAAUGAUGAUGGUGGUAAAAUGGUGAUCUCCGAUAAUACAAGACAAGUUAUUGAGGAACGUUACGAGAAUUUCGAACAAAUCAUUCGCGAUUCGAAACGAAUGAUGGACGAGAUGAGUGAAAGAAUGGUCGAUAAAAAUAACGUUAAAAAAGACGAUGGGGCGAAGAAAAAAGGGAGGGUUAAAGAUCAUAAACAACCGGAGAAAAGUAACAAAUCAAUUUCAAAGUUAUUCGGUGAUGAUAGCGAGGAGGAGGAGGGUGUUAAGAAAGAUGUUGUGAAAAGAAAAGUGGAACUCGAUGACGAUGAAAAAGGAAAAAGAAAAAAAUUGAAACGAAACGAUGAUAUUAAAAAAGACGGAGAAAAUAAAUCUGGGAAAUUAAAAAAGAACGAAAUCGGGCUGUUGGUCGUUAAAUUAUUAACACCGGCGUAUACGGAGAAACGAUUCGAUUCGAAAGAAACGUUUAAAAGUAUGGCUCGAACAAUAUCUCAUUCGCUUUUAGAUAAAGAUGAAUCGGAAAUAAAACGAUUCGUCGCCGAUUUUCUUUCGAAAAAUGAGGAAAUCACAACAGCAACAACUUUAUAAUACAAUAGAUCGUAAUUAUUUCUUCUUUCUUUUAAAUCAUAUUAUUAAUAUUCUCAUCUAUUAAUUGAUUUGUUAAUCUUGAGUCAACAUUGUACAUUAUUAAGAUUAAAAUAGCAUUAAGCUAGCAUCUAGCUACGUUUAAAACUUAAA